ACACCAAGCCAGCGAGAUGACAAGUGCGCUCAAAGCCAAAGUCAAAUCAGCAGCCACAUUGCUGCAGCAGAGAAAGAUGUUACAGAGGAAUCUUCGCAGUUUGCAGCAACAUUCGUUGUCCAGAGAGAUUUUGUCUAGUUACAGAUCUCGCUUGCACGCUCUUCCAGCUCCACAAAUGAUCAAGUCCAUGUCUCCUAUGGUCAACGAGCGCAUGCGCAAACGUCGAUGUUUUGCUGAUAAAGAGCUGGAAAUGGUUAUGCUGGAACGUGAGCGUCAAACUGAACUAAAAAACCAACAGCUGGCCUUCCACCACGCACAGCGGCAAGCUGUCAUCGACAGAAGUUUUCAGCAGUGCCAAACGGAUUUUGAUAUCGCUAAGUCAAGACUGUUGCUAGGCAACAUGUCGCCUAGAGACUUCCUCCAGCGAGUGUUCCCGACCCAUAAUCCUAACCUACUUGAAUUGGUCUGGCAAGGAUGCGGCGGUAAUUUGGAAAGGGCGAUUGAGCAGUUAGCAUCAGAACUAAAAGCAUCGCAUCCAGUCAUUGCUGCGCUUGGGCCAAGUCUGUUUGGUACUCGAUCAGCAUCAUUGUGUCAGGGGUUCCCCCUAAGUCCAAUGUCUUCGUCAUCAGUGGUAUUGCCAUCUAUUCACGACUCUACGAGUUCCGCGAAGUUCUUCAGCAUGUAUCCUUUAAUGUUUCCAAGUCCACUUUUAUUUCCUCAGUCAAUUAGAGGCGGUUCAGACCUUCGUCCAACAGAAACUGCAAACGAUCUGAGAGUUGACACCAAGAGGUCAGUGAAGACCCUAUGCAAUGUGUUAAACCCUAAAGUCUCUGACCACGAUUAUCGGUCAGGUUCGGACUCACCCAUACAACAACCCGAGCAAGCCAGUUCUAUAGAUCAUCAUUGUGAUACAAAUGACACAUGUCCGGCAUCACCAGUUGCCCCUGAUAUGUUGUCACCGGCUUCAACAUCAUCUUCUUUAUCAUCAUUAGAGCUGGAGCCAGUUCUUCCACCGUCUUUACUCUCGCCAUCUUGGAAAUCAACAUCUGACACUAUAAGAAAAACGUAUGGGAGACCAAGCAACCCUUUUAGCAUCAAACAUUCGACAGACGGUAACACGUCAGAACAUUCAUCUUCUUCUGGGGCACAAACGAAUGCACAUACAAACGUGCCCGACAGAGAAUAUCCAUCUAUCUCCGCUGCUGCUUCCAACUGUAUCGCAGAGAGAUAUAAUGACCAGACAGCCAGAAAAGCACCAUACUUGAAGUUUUCAGUGGAAGCAAUAAUGAGUAGGACAUAA